AUGCCUGACUUUAAAGCAGAUCUGAGAGAGGAGGAGAGAGACGAUUUAACAGACGUCAUGGAAGACUACAACCUCAACGGCAUCGCUGCAGCAGCGCGGUCAAAAGGAGAACACAAACUGAAAGUGUUUCUGACCAUUUCCUUCGGAGGGAUCAAGAUCUAUGAUGAGAAGACAGGGGUCCUCCAGCACCACCAUGCGGUCCACGAGAUCUCCUACAUCGCCAAGGACAUCACGGACCACCGAGCCUUUGGCUACGUCUGCGGGAAGGAAGGGAACCACCGCUUUGUGGCCAUCAAGACGGCGCAGUCGGCGGAGCCUGUGAUCCUGGACCUGCGGGACCUGUUCCAGCUCAUCUACGAGAUCAAGCAGAGAGAGGAGAUGGAGAAGAAGGCUCAGAAGGACAAGCAGUGUGAGCAGGCGGUCUACCAGACGAUACUGGAGGAGGAUCUGGAGGACCCGGUCUACCAGAACGGACAUCAGCCCUCCCCUCACCACCAUCCUCAUCAUCUUCAUCAACACCAUCAUCCUCAUCCUCAGCCCCUCCAGCCACAGCACCCUGAGCCCCAGCAGGCGCAGCAGCAGCAGGCCGUGGCAGACCUGAUAGACUUAGACCUGGACAUGGUGGCUCAGAAUCUGAACCAGUUAGAGAUCUUUGGAGACAUGUCCACGCCUCCUGACAUCACCUCUCCAUCGACCCCCGCCUCUCCAGCCAACACCCUGGACCCCUCGCAGGGCCUGCAGCCUCCGACAGAACUGUUCGCUCCCUUCAACCCUGCGUCUGUGCCCUCAGGUUAUGUGACGAUGGGGGCCGUCCCGCCCGGUCACUGGUCCCAGCAGGCGUUCACCACUCAGACGCCGCUGGCCUUCGGGGUCCAGUCUCCUCUGGGUCCGGUGGCUCAGGUCCUGCCUGGCGGUCAGCCUCUCAUCUGGGGUCAGGCCAACAUCUUCCCCGCCACACAGCAGCAGUGGGCGGCCAUGGCGGCCGGAGCCUUCUCCCCCACAGCCUACCUCCCCGCCCAGCCUGUGGGCACGCUGCCCGCCGCCAUGUUCCAGACACUCACGCCCCUCACCACUGUGUCUCCGGCCGGCGAGAGCCAAUCAGGAGCCAGCGCCUCAGCUCUCUCCCCCUCAGCGUCGUCGAGUCCGCAGCACGGGGAGAGAGCGAGGAAGAUGGGAAAGGAGAUGUUCAAGGACUUUCAGCUGGCCAAGCCUCCCGCCAUGCCGUCUAAAAAGGGCGAGCAGCAGCAGAGCUUGUCAGGAACGUCGGAGGCGUUCACCUCGUACUUCAGCCGCGUGGGCACGGCCCAGGACACGGACGACUGUGACGACUUCGACAUUUCUCAGAUGAACCUGACGCCCGUCACCUCCACGACGCCGUCCACCAACUCACCUCCCACCCCCGCCCCCCGACAGAGCUCCCCCUCCAAGUCCUCCGCCUCCCACGUCAGCGACCCGCCCACGGACGCCACAGACCCGCCCACGGACGACUCGUUCGGGGAAACAGAGGGCAGCCCGAGUCGCAGCGGAGAGGAAGACGCUGCGUGUGGUUCUGGGUCACCCUGUCCCAGUGAGACAGCAGAACCCAGCCCAGACCAGGCCAGUCCAGAGGCUGGGAGCUAGAUAGCAGCAGGGCAGG